GACGCCUUCAGCGACGGCGUGCCCAUCCGACUCCGACGACGUUCUUCCGCCUCGCCGCCGAUGAUCCCCGCCGGCCAGCCAUGUGUCCUACCCUACCCACCCACCAGCAGCCGAUUGCACCUGCCACUGCCGUUUCUUCCCUCAACUGUAGAGUGGUCAGCGGAGAUGGCCGGCAGACGGCAGGGGGGCAACCUUGCCUGGGGACCGCGCCUCGCGCCGUGCUUGGAGACGACGGUCACGUGGUUGGUCGCCGUGAUGAAGCGGCUUCUCGACUUCAACCCCUGCGCCCCACUGGAGUCCCAGCAGUACACGGGGCAAGGCCCCGGUACAUUGUUCACCCCUCGCACAUGACUUGUUUGUUGAAUUGCCUGAGUGGAAAUCUUACGCUUACCUGACCUGCGCUAUGUGUUUCUUUGAUGAUUGAGUUGAUGAAAGAACGAGCUAUAAGCUGGACUGCUAGAGAGCUGGAUGGAGAAGGUCAAAGCGCACAACAAGGAGGAGCUCUUGCGCAAGCAGAGCUCUUUGCUGGGCACUGAUGGAUACUUGAUAAUGUAACCUAAAAAAGCAGGAUGGACAAUGAAACUGAAAGAAGCAAAGUUGUGAUGAUGAGAUGAGUUAAACUACUGGCUGAUAACAAAGUUGCAGAUUUAAUAUGCUGGAAUUAGGAAGUCUGAACAACAUUUUGUGGAGGCUACUUUAUUAAACUGCGGUGCUGCUCUGUCCAAACUUGCGCUAACUGCGGGAGAGAAGGGGGGCUAGCGUGAAAAGAAGAGGUAAAGAAAGAGAAAGGCAAAGGCGCGACAUGAUGCCUCGUCCAAGCUUUUUGUUGUCACGCUGCCAAAGAGGACAAGGAUUUGGCCCUGCUUCUCUUCUUCUUCCUCCUCUUCUUGCGCUAGCUGCACAGUGGUGACAAUGGCGAUGCUGCUGUUGUUGCGUUCUUUGGAGUUCUUGGCGAUCAUGGCGGUUGCAUCGAGCUUGGCAAUGCCGGUGGCGGCGGCGGCGGCGGUGCCACAGCCGGAGCCGGAGGUGAAGCCGAGCGACACCGACGCGCUCACCAUCUUCCGGAACGGCGCCGACGCGCACGGCAUCCUGGCGGCGAACUGGAGCACCUCGAACGCCUGCGCCGGCGGGUGGAUCGGCGUCGGCUGCUCCGGCGACGGCCGCCGCGUGACGUCGCUGUCGCUGCCGUCGCUCGACCUGCGUGGGCCGCUCGACCCGCUCUCCCACCUCGGCGAGCUCCGGGCGCUCGACCUCCGCGGGAACCGCCUCAACGGCACGCUCGACACGCUCCUCCUCGGCGUCCCCAACCUCAAGCUGCUCUACCUCUCCCACAACGACAUCUCCGGCGCCAUCCCGGACGCCAUCGCGCGGCUCCUCCGCCUCCUCCGCCUCGACCUCGCCGACAACAGCCUGCGCGGGGCCAUCCCGGUGGCCGCGCUCGCCAACCUCACCGGCCUCCUCACGCUCAAGCUCCAGGACAACCUCCUCACCGGCUUGCUCCCGGACGUCACCGCCGCCCUCCCGCGCCUCGCCGAGUUCAACGCCUCCAACAACCAGCUCUCCGGCAGGGUGCCCGACGCCAUGCGCGCCAAGUUCGGCCUCGCCUCGUUCGCCGGCAAUGCCGGCCUCUGCGGGCUGGCGCCGCCGCUGCCGGCGUGCUCUUUCAUGCCGCGCGAGCCAGCCCCGACGUCACCCUCCGUCCCGUCGUCGCCGCAGUCCGUGGUGCCAUCGAACCCGGCGGCGUCGUCGUCGUCGGUUGCUUCGUCCUCGCCGGCGUUGGCCACACCGGAGUCGCGCGACGGACCCGGCAAGGGGGGGUUGAGCACCGGCGCCAUUGCCGGCAUCGUCGUCGGCAAUGCUCUCUUCCUGUUCGCCAUGCUGUCGCUGCUCGUGGCGUCCUGCUGCUGCAGCACCGGCGGCGAGAGCGGCGGCGAGCCACCCAAGAAGAGGAAACGAGGCGGCCGCGUCGGCCUGGAGGAUGACGACGACGGCGGGAUGUUCGGCCAAGGCAAGGGCGUGCAGCCAGGCCGGCCAGGCAGCGCCGGCAUGCGCAGCGACGACGGCGGAGACAGCGACGGCGCGCGCAGCAAGCUGGUGUUCUUCGGGGUGGACGGCGGCGAGGACGACGACGACGACGACGGAGGCGGCAGCGACAGCAGCGCCGGCAGGAGGGCAACCGGCGGCGGCUGGACGGCGGCGCCGCACCAGCCUCACGGGAGGAGGAGCAGGUUCGCGCUGGAGGAGCUUCUCCGCGCGUCGGCGGAGAUGGUCGGCCGCGGCAGCCUGGGCACCGUGUACCGCGCCGUCCUCAGCGACGGCCGCAUGGUCGCCGUCAAGCGGCUGCGCGACGCCAACCCAUGCGCCCGCGACGAGUUCCACCGCUACAUGGACCUCAUCGGCCGCCUCCGCCACCCAAACCUCGUCCCCCUCCGAGCCUUCUACUACGCCAAGCAGGAGAAGCUCCUCAUCUACGACUACCUCCCCAAUGGCAACCUCCAUGACCGCCUCCACGGGCACCGGAUGUCGGGGGAGUCGCCGUUGGACUGGACGACGAGGGUGAGGCUUCUCCUCGGCGCGGCGCGCGGGCUGGCAUGCGUCCACCGGGAGUACCGCACGUCGGCGAUCCCCCACGGCAACGUCAAGUCCACCAACGUCCUGCUCGACAAGAACGGCGUCGCCUGCGUCGCCGACUUCGGCCUGGCGCUCCUCCUCAGCCCGGCGCACGCCAUUGCCCGCCUCGGAGGCUACAUCGCGCCGGAGCAGGAGGACAACAAGCGGCUGUCGCAGGAGGCCGACGUGUACAGCUUCGGCGUGCUCGUCCUCGAGGCGCUCACCGGGAAGGUGCCGGCGCAGUACCCGCAGCCGUCGCCGGUCGUCGCCGCCGACGCCGCCGCAGACGCGCAGAGGAAAGACAAGAGGUGCUCGACGGCGGUGAGCCUGCCGGAGUGGGUGCGAUCGGUGGUGCGGGAGGAGUGGACGGCGGAGGUGUUCGACGUGGAGCUGCUCCGGUACAAGGACAUCGAGGAGGAGAUGGUGGCGAUGCUGCACGUCGCGCUGGCGUGCGUCACGCCGCAGCCGGAGCAGAGGCCAUCCAUGGCCGACGUGGUGCGGAUGAUCGAGAGCAUCCCGGUGGAUCAGUCGCCGUUCCCGGAGGAGGACAGGGACAUCUCCACCAUGUCGCCGUCGAUCGGCAUUACCACUGACGACGGAGAUGGUCGUCUCAGCUGCUAGCUCAUCAUCAUCCUCCUCCUCAUUGAUCUUCUUUUCUGAAUUCUGAACAACUCUGCCUGCUGCAUUUUUUCUGAUUUCUGAAAUGAUGCUCUGCUCGAUCUUGGCAUUCUGAAGUCUGAAAUUGCUACUGCAGCUGGUAUUAUCUUGAGCUGCUUUUCACUUCUGCUGAAAUGUCGAAUUGUCGAUGUGCCUGUGCUUGGAAGAUGGUGCUUGUGUUCUUGUAAGAUAAUUUUGGAUUAUGAUGUCGAAUGCAUGCUCCUGGAGAACGCUGGCAGUUGCUGCUA